AGGCAAGGAUUAAAAUAUCCAUAUAAAAGACACAAAUAUUCUAGAAAACAGAUGAGGGAUGAAUGAAGAGUAAACUUUUUUUGGCACAUCCUUAUAAAACUACUCACUAGAGGUCAUCUUCAUCUGAAAACCUCUUUAAUGGGGCAUUUGUUUUUGAUUUAAGACACCAGAAAUAUUUCUAACUCCUAAGAAGUAGCCUAUGAAUGAACAUUUAUUUCCAUUGGCUUUACCAUAGCUGUAAAUAAAUUGCAGACUCUACUCAGUAAGAGCAGUAGAUGUUUUUAAAUAAUGGCUGGUGGAAAAGACAGCAAGCUAAACAAACCAAUGUUCUCAUGUUUAGGUUGGCAGCAUUAAUAUCAUCAAUCCUGUGCUUUCAAAAAUAAUGUCUGGACUCUCCCUCCCCCCACUUCUAUUAUUAGAUUUACUUUAAAAAUCAGGAUAAUUUUAAAUAUUGCAAUUCUAGAUAUGCUUGUUUUUCUUAGAAGACCAUAGUGUCUGUGAGCAGGUUAAAAAAAAAUCACAUUUAGGAGUUUUUCUUGGCAUCUCACAUGUAUGGAAUAAAAUAAUCCAGAGGUUUUCAUUUGUCAUUUUAAAACAUCAAGCAUUGCAAAGCAUGUGAUUAGCUUUUGAAAUCUAGAAGUAAUGUACUGUCAAAUGUAUAUAAAUACAGAUCAUCAGAGUAAUUUUUAAAAACAACCACUUAAAAUUGAGAGAUGAUAUUUUUAUUCCAAACAGGAGGGUUCAUAUUCACACAGAUUUAUCUCAGAAUAGUAAGCAGUAUACAAUAAAACUAAUUAAUAAUUUCAAUAUGAAUAAAGCCUGUAAAGUCCUGUAUUUUUGUGAAGAGAUGGUUAUCAAGUCUGUUGAUGAGUUAUUCUUAGGAGAAAAAUGAAUGUUUAAAGGCUCAAUUACAAGAUAAAGAAUAUGACCUAAACAUAGGUUUGCAAUUACGGAGUUUCUUACUGGCUGCUGAAAUAAAUUGAAUAUCUUCUUGAUAUGAGAGGGAAAAAAAAUAUACUCUUACAUCUGCACUGUUUGCCUUUCAGGAUGUUUCCCUGACAAGAGAUUGCACCAGGUAGCAGGACACAAAUAGACACUUUGACUCUAGACCUGAGAUUUCUGGAAAGUGUAGUUUAGAAAUCAGAAAGAAAAGAAAAAAACCAAAACUGACAGAGUUUUUCUCUUUUAUAUAUGGUUAUUUGCAAUUAUUGAAAUGACAAGGUUUUUGGUUUUGCAAUUAAUGAAGCUACAAGAUUUCGUAUUUGCAGUUAGUGAAAAUGCAAGAUUUUUGUGUGGUUUCAUGCAGUGAUGCUGUUCUGGUCUGGGGGAAAUCACAUUUCUUCUGAUGACAGAAAUGCAUUUAAGCAUUUAUCUGAGAGUUUAUAAGCAAUACCUUUGAAAGCAGUAAGAUGAAUUGCUAAAGGAGAUUCACAUGAUUAAGCUGUAUCACCAGUGAUGUACUGACAAAUGAAGAAAGAGGUAAGCUCAUCCGUGUUGUGGUCAAGCCUGGGGAAGUGAGUGAUUUCCACACUGCUCAAAUUAGGAACGAGUACAUUUUCUCUCAGUGUGUGGCAAUGAAGCCAGAACAUGGAUGGAUAGAGAUGAUGUGUAAUGGGGAUGGGAUGCAGUGUAAGUGGAAACCUCAUGAUAUCUUAGAGCUCCAAAUGUUGAUGUCUGGCUUGAUUGGAAGAGAGAACCAUUGUCACAUUUUAUUUGUCAAUUAAUGCUCUUCCCCCUUAUAUUUCUCUUGCUUACUCUUAACAAGGCACCCCGUCUUCUUACAAUGAAAAGUAAAUCUCUGGAGGGUUACCUGAGGAAGGACUCCAAAGGACCCUGCAACUCCAGACUCACAAUCUCUCUACAUACAACAGGGAUAAAACCAGUAUCUGAGAAUUUUUCAAAGUAAUAUAGUCAACGCAGUAAGAAAUCAGUUCAUGAAGAACAGAAGAAAGAAUCUAAAAUUAUAUUAAGUCCAGAACAACAAAGCCAGGAAAGCUUCAGUUAUCAAGGGAGGAGUUUGUGAGAAAGUCUGUAAAUUCCAUUUCAUGCUGCAAUAAAGAUGUGUACUGUACCUCUGCUUGAACACUGACUCUCCGAUUGGAUGAGACAAGCAAACAGAAUUUUCAAACCAACAUUUACCUGUAAAUACGAAACACCUGAAACAACUGAGCACGGACAACUGUGUUACUUAUUAAUUGAAUUAGCUGUCUGCUAAACUGAUGGAGGCUUAAUAGUCUUGGGAAUUAGAGGAAGACUGAUAGCUUGAGAAAGUGGAACAUAUUCCAGGUAAUGAGAUGUACAAGAGAGGAAAGAAAAAGGGAAGGAACUUAGAUGGAAGCCAGUGGUGAUCAGAUGCUGUUUUGCAUAAUACCAAGUGAGAGAAGAACUAAGAGAGCAGUGUACAGGUCAGUUACUACGUAAGACCAGAUUCAAACCUUGACUAUGGUGCAGAUUUUAUUGCCAUUAAGUCGUUACCAUGCUAGAUGCACAUGCCAAAAACAUAAUCUUUUACCAGUUUUGUACCCUUCUGCUGAAUCAAAGCUCAAAGAUGAUUGAGAACACAUCUCGGCAUCAGAGGCUCACUGAAGUACAUCCCAAGCCUGAAAACAACUCUGGCAUCAGAGAGUGGGUUUGGUUGUCUCUUACCAGGAAGAGAAGGGACAUCUUAGACAAAGGAAGCAGCUUUAAUAUCGGAGCCGGUUUCGGUCACCAUGGCUCUGGGAAGAGCUGCCUAUUUGCGCGGAGUUGACUUUUUACAGCUCGGCCGGCUUUGCUCCUGGGUAGCUUCAGCAAUGCUCUUGACUGGGAUUUAAUCGACAAGAUCAGUUCGGCUUUUUGUGCAAUUUUUAUGGCUCAGUCCAUUUUCUAGAUCAUGCACAGAAACUUUCGGAAGUGGAUUUUCUACGUGUUUCUAUGCUUUGGAGUCAUCUAUGUCAAAUUAGGAGCUUUGUCAUCCGUGGUGGCUUUAGGAGCUAACAUAAUCUGCAACAAAAUCCCAGGCCUGGCGCCUCGGCAGCGCGCGAUCUGCCAGAGCCGCCCCGAUGCCAUCAUCGUGAUCGGGGAAGGGGCACAGAUGGGAAUCAAUGAGUGCCAGUACCAGUUUCGGUACGGGAGAUGGAACUGCUCUGCGCUGGGAGAGAAAACAGUCUUUGGACAAGAGCUUCGAGUAGGAAGCAGGGAGGCUGCGUUCACCUAUGCCAUUACUGCUGCCGGGGUUGCACACGCUGUCACGGCCGCCUGCAGCCAGGGCAACCUCAGCAAUUGUGGCUGUGACCGAGAGAAACAGGGCUACUACAACCAGGAGGAGGGCUGGAAGUGGGGAGGCUGCUCUGCGGAUAUCAGAUACGGCAUUGAGUUCUCCCGGAGGUUUGUUGAUGCCCGAGAAAUCAAAAAGAAUGCACGGAGGCUGAUGAACUUGCACAACAAUGAGGCUGGAAGAAAGGUUCUCGAAGAGAGAAUGAAAUUGGAGUGCAAGUGUCAUGGAGUUUCAGGUUCCUGUACAACUAAGACCUGCUGGACCACGCUUCCUAAAUUCAGAGAGAUUGGAUAUAUUUUGAAAGAGAAAUACAAUGCCGCAGUGCAGGUGGAGGUGGUAAGAGCCAGCAGACUGAGGCAGCCAACCUUCCUGAAGAUCAAGCAGAUUAAGAGCUACCAGAAACCCAUGGAGACGGAUUUAGUGUACAUUGAAAAGUCACCCAACUACUGUGAGGAAGAUGCUUCCACAGGGAGCGUCGGCACCCAGGGACGACUCUGCAACCGCACCUCUCCCAACGCGGACGGGUGCGACAUGAUGUGCUGCGGAAGAGGCUACAACACGCACCAGUACACCAAGGUGUGGCAAUGCAACUGCAAAUUCCACUGGUGCUGCUUUGUGAAGUGCAACACGUGCAGCGAGCGGACAGAGGUGUUCACCUGCAAAUAGCGGCAGCGCGCCGAGCGAACCGCCGCGGGCGAGGAAAGCGGAGUACAACAAACAACGACAGCAUCGUUUUGCACAUCUGAUCCCUCUUGGGGGAAAGAACCCCAGCCAACACCACGACAACCACUCCCUGCCCACAACUACCUAUACUUCUAAGGAUGGUGCAUUUUGGCUGGCUGGCUGUUGUAACUGCUUUGGAAACAAGGGCAACAGGAUUAAGGUGAUGUUCACAACCACAUGAAAUUUUCUCACUGUCUUUCUCUCUCCUUUUUUUUUUUUUUGAAACUACAAUCUGGGUGUUGUAGAGUUCUCUUAGUGUUUUAAAUUAUACAUAUCAGAGAAGCUGAUUGCAUUGCAGCUCCCAUGACGUUUAAAAGAAAAAGACAUUUUCUCCUAUUUUACAGCAACAAAACUGUCUGGCCCUGUGCAAACAAAGACUUUUUUAAGGAAAUGAAAUCUUCACUGACUAGAACACAGCAUUCUCUCUGCAAAAACCAAAAUUUUUAAGAAAGCAGAUAGAGAGAAAACAACAGGUAGGGAGCAAAAUCUGUGGCAGAAAUACUCCACUAUCAGUUUGGAAAUAAACCCCAACAAGUAUUCACAAAAUUACAUCAGCUGCCAGUGACACUGGAACUCUUUGAACGAACAUUAAAAAUAAUUAUUUAUGGUUUUAAUAAUAUCAAAAAAUUCUAAGCACUAACGGGUAGCUAUGUCUUAAUUCUGUACUAAAUGUAAACUUAUUGGAACUCUGACUUUAUUAUGACUUUUGUAUUUGGUUCUGCCUAAGUUCUUCAAUGCUACUGAUCUGUUGUCACUCCACAAUUAGAGAGUUCAAUUACUGUAGGCCUUAAGCAAUUGCCAGAACUGAGGGAAAACAUCACAUGAAACUUUGGUUACCAAUGUUUGAUAUCGACUUUUACCAUUUGCCUCCUGAAUUAAGAAUGACUUUUUCAGACUCAGGCCUGAGGUGUGGAGCACCUGCUCACGGCUCCUCAUAGGGAGUUUUAGGAUACAAAGAUGUGCUUCAACAAGUAUCAAAGGUUUUGCUUUGACAAUGAAUGCACUGGCAGGGUCUUCCAGGCAUUGUAUUUUCCCUUUAAUGGUUGAAAGUUAAUAUUUUCAAGACUUCUAAGAAACUUAUGCUCAGUAUGCACUCAGAAGAGGAUAAAAGUCUGGCAGCUGAGCUCCAGGUUGCUGCAACCUCUGAGCUGUCAUGGCUUCACGAGCAUAAGAAAGCCAAAAUUUGGGUUAGUCUGUGUCAUCAUUAUUUUAAGGUUGGCAAUAAUGUACCUCCUGGUAAGCACAUGAAUGUUAAAAGAAAGAAGCUCACUUCUUAAUAGCACUCAAUCCUAAUUCCCACACCUUUUCCCUAUGAGAGAUUUUAAAAACAGCCUCAGAUAUUUUACUGCUGUAAAAUCUAGUGUUUUAACCCCAAGAGCCCAGAUAUGCCCACUUAGAACACAGCCCAUUUAACCAUGUAAUUGUUUGCUUGUCCCAAGGGUCCCUGCCUGAUUUUCUGAAAACUUGGAUUAAAAAUUUCCUUACAUUUGCAUAUCUGCAUUUUUAGCUUUUGUUUAAUUUUGUUCCUUAUAUUGAGGGGCUGCAGAACCAUGAGCCCUCCCCACCUAACAUGGAAGCACUUGUCCAUCCACAUGGUGCUCUUGGGGCAAGGGGCUGGUGGACCUGGAGCUUCACCAGCCCCCGUGCUGGAUAUGUGAAUGAGCCAGAAUUACCUCUGUAAUUUGUAGACCUGUGUUAUCAAAGGUAACUAAUGAUUUGGGGACUUUUAUUUGAACAACACUUGUGAGGACCUGUCUUUCUGACCCCAAGCACUUACCCUCUGAAAAUCAGACCCCUUGGAUGACUCCCUCACAGAGUAAUGUAAAAUUGAUUUUGUUUUUUUUUUUUUUUUUAAUGUUGCUGUUGAUUUCUAAAUACCAGCCUUGGCAUGAAUGAGUGCAACUUCACAGAAGUCAACAGGGGCCCCCAAAAUACUAGAUUCACUCCAUGUAAUUUAAAGUCCCUUGGAUUAAUGGGUAUUGUUGUUGAAUAAUAGUGAUGAUACUGUACUUUCACUACAUUCUUGACAGGAAGCAAAUAAAGCUCCCAAACACAGUAAUGCACAGUCUUAUGGUACUAGAUACUGUAAAUUUAUUAGAAUAGUAUUUGUUAAGUACAAUUGAGGAAUCCAAUUAAGUUAUAUUAUUGUAUAUCGUUUAAAUGUCUAUAGAGUAUUUUAAAUUAUUGCGAACUACACUGCGUUAGAAAAAAAGAAAAAAAAGGAAAAAAGGUUAUAUAUUAUAACACCAACCACUCCAAAAAGUGGACCAAAGUGACACUUUCUCUCUUCCACACCCCUAUUUGAAAUAGCUCUGUCUGCUACUGUAAGACCACUGUAACAGUCCCAUGACUGGGUGAGCAGUCUAGAAUGUAAUGUUUCAGAGCAUCCUACAGAAGCUUUGCUCAUGUGGAGGUGCAGCAUUCCAAACGGUGCUGUAUGGCACAAGGCAGGGGCUGGCAGUGGGAAUGCUUGGACUUCGAAAUAUGUCCCAUGGAAAAGCAGUUCUGGUCAGAAAAUACCAUUCCCACUAAUAUACUGAAACACUCCCCAAAGUGACGACUUUUAACGAAGGUGUCUGUGACUAGAAGUGGGUUACACACAACUUUUAUUUUAAAAAAUGUAGUUUGAUGUCAAAGACCUGUGACAGUAGAGGUUGGAACAUGACCAGCAACAUGUGGUUUAACCAUUCCUUAGCCAUGACAGAACUCAAAAUACUUUAUGUUAUUAAAGAACUUAAGAGCAAAGAUCAAUUUGUUUACUAUGUUAAUGUUUUAUGGCAAGCAGAAAACAAAAGAUGAAAUGUGUUUCCAUUAAAACUUAAUUUUUUCCCCUUCCA